CUGGCAAGCUGCGCCAGAGGCAGGUGCCAGCUAAGAGUGGGCGGAGGUGCCGGCGCCAGGCCAAGCCAGGCAGUAGGGGGAGGCUCGGCGUUACCUCUGCCUCUAGGAGUCCAGGCGCAGAGACAAGCUCACCCCGAGGCGCCCCUGCUUUGUCAACUCUCCAUUCCCUCCUCUCCUGCCAGCCCCGGGACACCGGAGUCCCUAUCGCCUGCAGGAGGAGCCGCUGGAGCAGUCUCAGCCGCUGCGGAGCGACAGCAUCCUCGGGAGAGACGCCCCGGGCUACGCAGUCUCCAGCCUCCUCCUAGGGGGAGAGAGCUCCUUGGCGCUUUUUCCAGCGAUUGCCCCUACCGGGCCACCGGCCACCAGGCGGGUCCACUAGGGACCUCCACCUGCGCGAGCCCCAGGCGGGGGAAUCAAAAGGCAAAGGGGUUCAAGAAGCCGGUAUCCAGGGAACCCCAACCCCGCGUCUCUGCUGGGCGAGAAAAGACGCUGUCAACGCUGUGAGCUGCCUGCACGCGGUCCCCAAGUUCAGGGGCGACACCCUUCCAGGAGGAACUAAUUCCCCAGGGAGCAUUCCAGCUCCAUCGGGACUCCACGAGCUUCUUCCGUCUGCACCCCAAGUGUUUCCCGGGUCUCCGCUUGGGCCAUGCCCGGGCUGCGCAGGGACCGCCUGCUGGCCCUGCUGCUCCUGGGCGCGCUCUUCUCCGCUGACCUCUACUUCCACCUCUGGCCGCAAGUGCAGCGCCAGCUCCGGCCCCGGGAGCGACCCGCCGGCUGCCCGUGCUCAGGCCGCACCCCCUCCGCGUCCCUGCUCUCGUCCUCAGACUCCCGGGACCCUGGCGCCACGGCGCACAACUUUUCCCGACCCCGACCCGGAGCUGAGCAUCCCAGCCGCGGCCGCCCUGCCCCGCGCUCCAAGCUGCAGGCCCUCUUCGCCCACUCGCUCUACCAAGCCCUGGAGGACCCGCCUCUCCUCGGACCCGAUGACUGGCUCCUGGCCAGCCAGGAGGCGCUACGUUAUUAUCGGAGGAAGGUGGCCCGCUGGAACAGACGGCACAAGAUAUACAAAGAACAAUUCAACCUCACCUCCUUGGAUCCCCCGCUGCAGUUCCGACCAGAGGCCAGCUGGGUCCAGUUCCACCUGGGGAUCAACAGCCACGGGCUGUACUCCAGGUCCAGCCCUGUCGUCAGCAAGCUCCUCCACGACAUGAGACACUUCCCCACCAUCAGCGCUGAUUACAGCCAGGACGAAAAAGCUUUACUGGGGGCCUGCGACUGCUCACAGAUUGUGAAACCCAGUGGGGUCCACCUGAAAUUGGUUCUGAGGUUCUCCGACUUCGGGAAAGCCAUGUUCAAACCGAUGAGACAGCAGCGGGAGGAGGAGACACCAGAGGACUUCUUCUAUUUCAUCGACUUUCAGAGACACAAUGCUGAGAUCGCAGCUUUCCACCUGGACAGGAUUCUGGACUUCCGACGGGUGCCGCCAACAGUGGGGAGGCUAGUGAAUGUCACCAAGGAAAUCCUAGAAGUCACCAAGAAUGAAAUCUUGCAGAGCGUUUUCUUUGUCUCUCCAGCUAAUAAUGUGUGCUUCUUCGCCAAGUGUCCAUAUAUGUGCAAGACCGAGUAUGCUGUCUGUGGCAACCCGCACCUGCUGGAGGGCUCCCUCUCCGCCUUCCUGCCAUCCCUCAACCUGGCCCCCAGACUGUCUGUGCCCAACCCCUGGAUUCGUUCCUACUCACUGUCAGGAAAAGAGGAGUGGGAGCUCAACCCUCUCUACUGUGACACGGUGAAGCAGAUCUACCCAUACAACAGCAGCAACAGGCUCCUUGGCAUCAUUGACAUGGCCAUCUUUGACUUUUUGAUCGGAAACAUGGACCGCCACCAUUAUGAGAUGUUCACCAAGUUUGGCGAUGAUGGGUACCUUAUUCAUCUUGACAAUGCCAGAGGGUUCGGACGGCAUUCCCAGGAUGAGAUCUCCAUCCUCGCUCCACUCUCGCAGUGCUGCAUGAUAAAGAAGAAAACAUUCUUGCACCUUCAGCUGCUGGCUCAGGCUGACUACAAACUCAGCGACGUGAUGCGGGAGUCACUCUUAGAAGACCAGCUCUCCCCUGUCCUCACAGAACCCCACCUCCUGGCCCUGGACCGCAGACUUCAAAUCAUCCUUAAGACAGUGGAGGACUGUAUAGAGGCCCACGGGGAGUGGAGAGUGGUAGUGGAUGGCCUGGCACAACUUUCAGCUCCAGACUCGGGUCAGGCCAAUCUGACAAGCUAAAGGCUACAAAACCUCACAACACACAACUGGAGCCAGCAGGGGUGCUGGUGUGUAGAGCCCGGCUGCCCAUUCCACUCCAGGGUGCUGAAGGCCAAGUCAUGAGCUCAGGGAGGAGGCAGGAAUGCUCUGAAACAGCAAGUGGGAUCCACCAAGCCUCAGCUUAUCCUUGGAUGGAGGUCACUGCUUUUACAGCUCACUGGCUGGGGCUCCAUCUUCCUCAUGAGCUCUGGCUCCGUCAAGGCUGCAGACUGUCUUUCUGAGCACACUGUGAAACCUGGAACUGGGCCAGGCCUGGGAGGUGUGGAGGCCCUGGUCCCAGGAGGAGUUUUUACUCUACCAUGUCAAAUAAAGAGACCAAGUGGACAA